ACUCCAAGAAAUCAAUCUUGAAAUAUGAUUUUUCUCUAAGUCAUGAGCUCUCCUCACAAGCUUCCCUACACUAGUGGCUUGUAGUGUGAUCUCCUAGGGGAAGCCCUACCCAACCAGAGUCUCAAGCACUUUCUACCCAACCAGAGUCUCAAGCACUUUUCUUCAAGGGCCUUCCUCAAGCUUAAGCUAUCUCUUAGAGGAGGUUCCUCCUAAAUACUACGCUAGGGGAUCGUUAGUUGAUUUUGUACUCCAUUUUAUAUCCUAGGAUCUCGGAUGUUGGGUUUGGACCUCAACCCUUGUUGCCCAUGAUAUAAGGGCAAGGAUUGUUACAUAACGCGUCACACCAUCAACCAGCCACACUCCGGCAAACGCGCUGAACGCAACAGAGAGCAUCCAAAGACGCCAGACAUUUCCGCAGCCCAUAUUUCGCGUGCAAUAUCAGGACUUCUGCUAGCGUAAAUUGUCUAUUUCGCCAGCAACUCAAAGUAGACUCGACCGCAGGUCACACGCAUAUCGGAUUUCCAAUUUACUUUGUGAAGAAAAAAUCGCGCGCACUAGUAUCGGUGGAUCGCAAAAUGGCGCGCCAUUCGAGAUAAGCCCAUGCGUUCCUUUAAGCGUAAGGAAUACCGCAGCCUCCCUGCUUUCUUCCUCCCUGAUUUCUGCCUCCCUGCUUUCUGCCCCCCUGCUUUCUGCCUCCCUGCUUUCUGCCUCCCUGCUUUCUCCCUCCCUGCUGUCUGCCUCCCUGCUGUCUGCCUCCCUGCUUUCUGCCCCCCUGCUUUCUGCCUCCUUGCUUUCUCCCUCCCUGCUUUCUGCCUCCCUGCUUUCUGCCUCCCUGCUGUCUGCCUCCCUGCUGUCUGCCUCCCUGCUUUCUGCCUCCCUGCUUUCUGCCUCCCUGCUUUUUUCCUCUGUGCUUUCUGCCUCCCUGCUUUCUGCCUCCCUGCUUUCUUCCUCAUCUAUUCUUCCCCCCUGCAUUUUUCCCCCCUACAUUCUUCCUCCAUGUGUUCUUGCCCCCUCUCUCUCCCUUCCCCCUUGUUCUUACUCCCUCCCUGCUCUCAUGCUCCCUGACCAUCCCUCACUCUCUGACCAUCCCUCACUCUCUGCCCAUCCCUCACUCUCUGCUCAUCCCUCACUCUCUGCCCAUCCCUCACUCUCUUCUCAUCCCUCACUCUCUUCUCAUCCCUCACUCUCUGCCCAUCCCUCACUCUCUUCUCAUCCCUCACUCUCUGCCCAUCCCUCACUCUCUUCUCAUCCCUCACUCUCUGCCCAUCCCUCACUCUCUUCUCAUCCCUCACUCUCUGCCCAUCCCUCACUCUCUUCUCAUCCCUCACUCUCUGCCCAUCCCUCACUCUCUUCUCAUCCCUCACUCUCUGCUCAUCCCUCACUCUCUGCCCAUCCCUCACUCUCUGCUCAUCCCUCACUCUCUGCUCAUCCCUCACUCUCUGCUCAUCCCUCACUCUCUGCCCAUCCCUCACUCUCUUCUCGUCCCUCACUCUCUUCUCAUCCCUCACUCUCUGCCCAUCCCUCACUCUCUUCUCAUCCCUCACUCUCUGCCCAUCCCUCACUCUCUUCUCAUCCCUCACUCUCUGCCCAUCCCUCACUCUCUUCUCAUCCCUCACUCUCUGCCCAUCCCUCACUCUCUUCUCAUCCCUCACUCUCUGCCCAUCCCUCACUCUCUUCUCAUCCCUCACUCUCUGCUCAUCCCUCACUCUCUGCCCAUCCCUCACUCUCUGCGCAUCCCUCACUCUCUGCUCAUCCCUCACUCUCUGCUCAUCCCUCACACUCUGCCCAUCCCUCACUCUCUUCUCAUCCCUCACUCUCUUCUCAUCCCUCACUCUCUGCCCAUCCCUCACUCUCUUCUCAUCCCUCACUCUCUGCCCAUCCCUCACUCUCUUCUCAUCCCUCACUCUCUGCCCAUCCCUCACUCUCUUCUCAUCCCUCACUCUCUGCCCAUCCCUCACUCUCUUCUCAUCCCUCACUCUCUGCCCAUCCCUCACUCUCUUCUCAUCCCUCACUCUCUGCCCAUCCCUCACUCUCUGCUCAUCCCUCACUCUCUGCCCAUCCCUCACUCUCUUCUCAUCCCUCACUCUCUGCUCAUCCCUCACUCUCUGCCCAUCCCUCACUCUCUGCUCAUCCCUCACUCUCUGCUCAUCCCUCACUCUCUGCUCAUCCCUCACUCUCUGCCCAUCCCUCACUCUCUGCUCAUCCCUCACUCUCUGCCCAUCCCUCACUCUCUGCUCAUCCCUCACUCUCUGCUCAUCCCUCACUCUCUGCCCAUCCCUCACUCUCUGCUCAUCCCUCACUCUCUGCCCAUCCCUCACUCUCUGCUCAUCCCUCACUCUCUGCCCAUCCCUCACUCUCUGCUCAUCCCUCACUCUCUGCCCAUCCCUCACUCUCUGCUCAUCCCUCACUCUCUGCCCAUCCCUCACUCUCUGCUCAUCCCUCACUCUCUGCUCAUCCCUCACUCUCUGCCCAUCCCUCACUCUCUGCUCAUCCCUCACUCUCUGCCCAUCCCUCACUCUCUGCUCAUCCCUCACUCUCUGCCCAUCCCUCACUCUCUGCUCAUCCCUCACUCUCUGCCCAUCCCUCACUCUCUGCUCAUCCCUCACUCUCUGCCCAUCCCUCACUCUCUGCUCAUCCCUCACUCUCUGCCCAUCCCUCACUCUCUGCCCAUCCCUCACUCUCUUCUCAUCCCUCACUCUCUGCCCAUCCCUCACUCUCUUCUCAUCCCUCACUCUCUGCCCAUCCCUCACUCUCUUCUCAUCCCUCACUCUCUGCCCAUCCCUCACUCUCUGCUCAUCCCUCACUCUCUGCCCAUCCCUCACUCUCUUCUCAUCCCUCACUCUCUGCUCAUCCCUCACUCUCUGCCCAUCCCUCACUCUCUGCUCAUCCCUCACUCUCUGCUCAUCCCUCACUCUCUGCUCAUCCCUCACUCUCUGCCCAUCCCUCACUCUCUGCUCAUCCCUCACUCUCUGCCCAUCCCUCACUCUCUGCUCAUCCCUCACUCUCUGCUCAUCCCUCACUCU